AUGAUGGCGGGUUAUACAGUUGAUCUGACAUCUACAGUCGAAUGGAUUUGUCGUACACGAAAUUUCAUUUUAUACACAUCAAGAACAAUUACAUUGUGGUUAAUCGCAUUCGCAACAAUUGAUCGAUGGUUAUCAACUUGUAUCAAUGCAAAUCGAAGACAAAUAAGUACAUUGAAAAACACACGACGUUGUAUAAUUGUGAUUCUUAUUUUCUCGAUUCUUUUGAAUAUUCCAAUACUUUGUUGUUAUCAAGCGAAUCUGACUGGAGCUUUACGCGGAUGUUAUGGAUCAACGUACAUUUGUCGAGUUGUCACAGAUGUGAUUUAUGCAGUGAUUACAACUUUAUUUCCAUUGUGUUUAAUGAUUGGUUUCGGAAUAAUGAUAAUUCAAAACACUCGGUAUACUCGAAAUCGUAUUCAAGCGAUUCCGAUGGUUUCAAUGAGUAUUGAACCACCGAGAACAUUUACAAAUCUUACUCGAGAUCAGCAACAAGCGAAGAGAAAAAUCAAUCGACAUUUACUAAAAAUGCUCUCUGUUCAAGUGACGUUAUUCAUUAUUUUAACUUGUCCACAUGCCAUUCAGAAAGCUUAUACAUCAAUCUCUGCAAGCACAUCAACUCAAUCAAUUCAAUCGGCGAUCGAAAAUUUUAUUUUUAAUUUCGUUACUUUGAUGAAUUUUACAGCGAGUGGAAUCUCAUUUUAUAUUUAUACAUUAAGCGGUGGAAGUCUUUUUCGUAAUGCACUUUUUCAACUAGUGAAAGGUAUUCAAUUGAAAGUUCUUUGUCGUUAA